AUGCAUCUACAAUGUCGAUCACUGUUAAACAACACCCUCGUAUUCUGCCAGAUCAUCUCGGUCUGUUUCAUGACAUGGAAGGCUCUCACGCUCUGGACGAAUACGCCUUACCCCGCCAUGGUUGUCAUCACUGAGUCGAUGGCUCCUGCGUUCCGACCGGGCGAUAUUCUAUUCAUGUCGAAUCAUGAUGGAAAUGUGGCAAUUGGCGAUCUGCCGGUUUGUUGGCCGUCUGGUCGGUCGUACCCGAUGGUGCAUAGAGUUGUUCGGGUUUUCUUUGCUAAUAUGUGUAGGCAAUUUAUUUUGACUAAGGGGGAUAAUAAUCUCGUUGAUGAUACGAUGUUGUAUCCAGAUGGACAGGAAUAUCUGCACCGGAACGAGAUUAUCGGGUUUGUUCGGGGCUACGUGCCAUUUCUGGGGUGGUUUUUCAUUAUCUUGCAGAAUCCAUCACGGCUGAGAGAUAUUGCUAUGUUAUUUUGA